UGCUUCCAGCCAAUUACAGGAUUUGGCUGGAAUGCGCCUUCCUUUAACGUGGUGACAUAAUGGCGCUGUUGACUUUGCUUCCGUGUAGGAGCAAAGUUUCGCCGGGAACAUGGCCUGGUUCAAGGGGUUACUGUUUGGGGGAAUACUUCUUGCAAUGUGCGGCGGUCUCUCUGAAGGACAGAAGAAAAAAGAGAUGGUGCUGUCAGAAAAAGUUGGACAAUUAAUGGACUGGGCUAGCAAACGACCUGUUAUCCACAUGAACGGUGAUAAAUUCAGACGUCUUAUCAAGUCUCCUCCAAGGAAUUAUUCUGUUGUAGUGAUGUUUACUGCUCUUCAAACACACAGGCAAUGUGUGGUAUGCAAGCAGGCUGAUGAAGAAUACCAAAUACUUGCAAAUUCCUGGCGUUACUCAAGUGCUUUUACAAACAGGAUUUUCUUUGCCAUGGUAGAUUUUGAUGAAGGAUCUGACGUCUUCCAGAUGUUAAAUAUGAAUUCUGCUCCAACAUUCAUUCAUUUCCCUCCAAAAGGGAAGUCCAAGAGAGGGGACACAUAUGAGCUUCAGGUUCGGGGAUUUGCAGCGGAGCAACUCGCACGCUGGGUUGCAGAUCGGACAGAUGUCAAUAUACGGGUCAUAAGGCCCCCAAAUUAUGCAGGCCCUUUGAUGCUGGGUCUGCUGUUAGCUGUGAUCGGUGGCCUUGUCUAUUUGAGAAGAAGUAAUCUUGACUUUCUGUGUAACAAAACUGGAUGGGCCUUGGCUGCUUUGGCCCACCCACUUGCCUUUAUUACCAAUUUUGACCUCCAGCCUUUACUUCUUCUAAUGCCCCUGACCGUGAUGGUUCCUGGCCUUCAGUGUUUUGUCUUGGCGAUGACAUCAGGUCAGAUGUGGAAUCAUAUAAGAGGACCCCCUUAUGCUCACAAGAAUCCACAUACUAAUCAAGUGAACUACAUCCAUGGAAGCAGUCAAGCACAGUUUGUGGCAGAAACACACAUUGUACUAUUAUUCAAUGGUGCUGUGACCUUGGGUAUGGUUCUCCUGCAUGAAGCUGCCACAUCAGACUUGGAUGUUGGAAAACGGAAAAUAAUGUGUAUAGCCGGCAUAACCCUUGUGGUUAUCUUCUUCAGCUGGCUGCUAUCAGUCUUCAGAUCUAAAUACCAUGGCUAUCCAUACAGUUUUCUCAUGACAUAGAAGAAUCUUCUGCCAGUCAAGCCACAUCUACAAUUCACUCUCUACAUAAACCUUCGGCUGAUAGACUGCAUCAUAUCGAGUUACACUUUGGAAAGUGACACCUUCUCCAGCAAAUGAUAUUCUGUGUAAGAUGACACUGUAUUGGUAACGACAAACCAAAGAAGACCUACGGUGCCUUGGUAAAAUUCAGCCAGAGGUGUUUUGUUUUAAUAUAGUUUCGUUUUUCUUUUGUUUUCUUUAACCAUAAGGCUACAUCAUUACUUUUUAUUAAAUUCUCUUAACUUUUUUUUUGACAAUUUUUUACAGAAUGUUUUAGCACAGAUGUGAGUUCAUUUUGACAAUAAUCGUGCAUAAUGAGAUUUUUCAUCAGUUCAUUUUGUGUUGCACAUAUCUCUAUGCCUAGCUACUUCACAACUAAUUUGAUAAAGGUAUGGUGUAUUCUCUGGAAACAGAGUACUUAUGCAGACUUCUGCUUGACCUACACAUUGAUUUAUCUUGUCUUGUUGUGGAAGAAACAAAAUAGGUACUGUUUUUGUCUUAACUGUAUAUAAUUUUGCAUCUGUUUUUCGUCAUAAGUGCAAAUGCAAAAUACAAAGCACAACUAGAUUUGUCUAAAAUCACUCACAACUGUGCAAUGCCAAUUAUAUUUAUAUGGCAGUAGAAAAUUAGCUAGUUUCUGUGUUUUUUUAUUUUCAAGAAUCCGUGUUUUACUUUGAAAGGUUACAACUUAAACUUUGUAACUAAGUAGUAAAAAUCUAUUUGCAGUAGUCUCAUCCAUUUUUGUUACAAAUAAAAAAUGCAGCACAGAAGGAUGCAUUAAAAUCACCUACUGGUACCAAAUGCACUUUUUUUGCAAUUGAGUCAUGUCUGUACACUGUUCCUAUGCAGUAAAAGUAGAUCUACUUCCCUUCUAGGAGUUCUCUCGUAAGGCUAAAUACAGAAGCAACUGACUUCUUAAAAACCAACAAUGUGCCUGAAUAUAUUCAACUCUCUUGAAGUUAAUUAUGUGUGGUAUAAUAACUUGUUACUGGAAAUACCCAUUAACUAGACAUUCAAAGUGCCUUGUGAAUUCAUGCAGUUCCGCCUCCAAGGGAUUUGAGUUUCUGUAAUUUGAAGAAGCUGUUUUAUUGACUUGUUUAUUAUAGACAAUUUUCAAUAAAAUAUUUUACUCUGAA